UCCACUCCAUGCUCCCCUCGACCUCAGAGAGAACUACAAACACCAUCAUCUCCUGAAUCCCAGCACAAAACCGGCUACUGCAACCAAGAGAACACCCAUACAUGCAGAUGGCGGCGACGCUAACGGCAGCCUCCGCUCGCACCACCACCAUCGUCGGCCCGACACCUUUCCUCGGCCAAACCCGGGCCUCAACUUCCAACCCUCUGAGAGAUGCUGUCUCCAUGGGCAAUGGAAAGUUCACCAUGGGGAAUGAGCUUUGGUACGGGCCAGACCGCCUCAAGUACUUGGGACCCUUCUCGGCUCAAACCCCCUCCUACCUCACCGGAGAAUUCCCCGGCGACUACGGAUGGGACACUGCUGGGCUGUCCGCCGACCCUGAAGCCUUCGCAAAGAACCGAGCCCUCGAGGUGAUCCACGGCAGGUGGGCGAUGCUGGGUGCGCUUGGCUGCAUCACCCCUGAAGUCCUCGAGAAAUGGGUGAGGGUGGAUUUCAAGGAGCCGGUCUGGUUCAAAGCUGGAGCUCAGAUCUUCACCGAAGGCGGGCUCGACUACCUCGGCAAUCCCAACUUGGUUCACGCGCAGAGCAUACUGGCGGUCUUGGCGUUCCAAGUAGUCCUCAUGGGCCUCGUCGAGGGCUACCGCAUCAAUGGCCUGCCCGGAGUCGGGGAAGGCAAUGAGCUCUACCCCGGCGGCACCUACUUCGACCCCCUCGGCCUCGCCGACGACCCCGUCGCAUUCGCCGAGCUGAAGGUGAAGGAGAUCAAGAACGGGAGGCUGGCGAUGUUCUCCAUGUUCGGAUUCUUCGUUCAAGCGAUCGUCACUGGGAAAGGCCCGCUCGAGAACCUCUUGGACCAUCUCGACAAUCCUGUCGCCAACAACGCCUGGGUCUACGCCACCAAGUUUGUGCCAGGCUCUUAAAUCUUGCAUUCCGGAAGAAUCCGUGAAGCUGCUGUAGAUUACCUUUGGCUAAGUACGAUGUUGAGACUGCAUCGAUCGGAAUCAAGCAGUUGAUGGCAAUUCAUAAGAUUUCUGAUGAUCUCUCUUUCU